UUUACGGCUUACUUCUUACUCCAAGCUUACUCCGCAUAUUGUAAACGACGCUUAAAAGGGCAUCUACAUUGGAAGUAAGUAAUAACAAUUAGGAAGCAAGAGUAUAAGCAGUGCUGCAAAAAAAGUGCCCGUGCACGCUGCUGUGAAGUUCACACCGAUAGACGGAGCAGCGUUGUGUGCGUUAGGAGAAGUAUUGAGGGGACACUUCUCCUCGCACGUUGCCGCGUACACGUUCCUGCAAUACUGUAGCAAACAGCUUGUAUUUCCCGCGAUAUCAUCGUGAUAUUGGUGACUCUUAUCGCCGAGAGUCACCAAUAUCACGAUGAGUGAUGUAAAAACCUUUCUGGAGAAUAUCAAUUUAGGAAAAUAGUAGGAAGUAAGAGUAAGAAAUUGAUCAACCACAGUCGAACGUGAGAAGAAUAAUCAACUAUGAUUGGCCAAUUACUUAUUCUUAUUUCCUACUUCUUACUGCUUACUUCUAAUGUAGACGCCCCUUAAAAGGGAUUAUUCUUCUCACAUUCGACUGUGGUUGGUCAAUUUCUUACUCUUACUUCCUACUUCUUACUACUUACUUCCAAUCUAGACGUCCCUUUAACAGACUUCUAUAUACUACCUAAGCUGACUCUCGACGAAAGGUGUUGUAAGCAGUGCUGCAGAAAAGUGCUCGUGCACGCCGCUGUGAGGUUCACACCGAUAGACGGAACAGCAGCGUUAGUGCGUUAGGAGAAGGCGCAUUGAGGGGACACUUCUCCUCGCACGUCGCACGAGCACGUUCUUGCAGUACUGUAGCAAACAGCUUGUAUUUCCCUCCACCGACUCUUAUCGCCGAGAGUUAUCAAUAUCACGAUGAGUGAUGUAAAAACCUUCCUGGAGAACAUCAAUUUAGGAAAAUACUGGCCUAUAUUUAAGGAGAAUGCAAUAACCACCUUUGACAGAUUAUUUCUUGUCACUCCUAACCUAGCAAGAGAGUUAAUCCAACCUGUUGGCGACCGAAUUGUGUUUUUGGAAUAUAUAAGUACACAAAAUAAAGUAUCUUUAUAUACUGAAGAAAUACAAGUAGCAGAAAUUAAUAUUAAAAAAGAAAUAACAAGAAAUGACAAAGAUAAUAUUACUUUCUCCAUAUUACAAGAAAGUGAUAUUAUUGUAAAUCCAACCUCUUUAACAACAAAUAAUAAUGUAAAAUCAAUGCUGAACGAAACAAAAACAUAUGAUUUCAAUAUUAAAUUAUCGGGUUCUGCUUUAAAUUCUCAAAGCAUAUCUGACUCAGACGUGCAAGAGAGCAUUGCACCCAAAAAACGUCAUACUGAUACCGAUCAUAUUCAGGAUUCCGAAAACGAGAAUCCUACACCCAAAAAAUUUUGUCGCUGGGAAACUAAACAGCAAUAUGAAAAUGUGAAUUUGAAGAAGAUUUUGCAGGAACACAUCAAGGAUGAGGCAGUACUGUUUUAUUAUAAACAACAUGGUCUUCUAAAUGGAAAAGCAAGAGGAAUUCUCUUAGAUAUUGUCGCUAAUCAUAUGCUUAAAAUAAGCAUAAGGCCUUCACGUGAUGCUUUUGCACUUGUUAGCCGUAAAAUCUGUCAGUUGUUCCCUACUGAGACUGAGGACACCUAUUACUUUAAGCCAUACACAAAUGGCCCAUAUCAAAAAAAUGCUGCUGGGAAACUUGUUGAUAAAGUACGUAACACAAAGACAUUACUGAGAAAGUUAAGCGAUACACACUUCGUGUGUCACUCCGUGAAGCGGGAUAAUCAAAACGAUUCUGAAGACAGUGAAGAUGAACCUUCUUCCGAAGCAGAUAAUGAAAAUGUCGAAAUAGCAAUCCGGUGGUUAAAAAUUAGCCGUGAACCGUGGCCAGAAGUUAUGAAACAUUGGGAGAUUACGUAUGAUUUUCGGCAAAGAACGCUACUGAAAAAGAGUAGCGUCAAAGACGCACCGUUCCCAAUUUGUGAUUAUUACAACGAGUGGGAAAUUUUAUCACUUCCUCAGGGUUACACUUUGAAUCAGCUUAUAUUUUCUUUGACGUUAUAUCUAUUGCCUUAUAUGAUUCCACCUAAAGACCAAAUAAAAUGUGACUCAGGGGAAAAGCUGAAGGCAAAUAUUUCAGAAGCUUGGAAUGCGUUUAUGCUUCAUGCAAAUGUGCCUGGAGAUCUAAUACCUGCUAUAGAUAGGAGACAGAAAGUAGCCAAAAAACUAAAGAAAAGAGUGCAACCUUUUGUUGCUAUCGUUGGACCCUCCGUAAAGGAAUUUACUUCCUGUUAUGUUGUCAUAGACAAUAUCAAAUACAAAUUUGAUAGCAUCGUGAAGGCUUUUGACGUAUGUUUUAAAGCUAUUCAUUCUCUUAAUACUGAAUAUUCAUAUGAGGCGAAAGAAGCCUGGCUUUUUGUGCAGCAAGCGUUAUAUGGAAUAUAUACUUCCUAUGAUAAAAAAAAUUCUGCAGUAGCUGCACUCGUAAAAUCUUUUCAAGUUCUAUAUAAUAUUUCUAAAAGUAGUCCAAACUUGUUUGAAGUAUUAUAAUCUUGAUUGUUAAAAACUCUAUAAAUGAAACUACUUAUUUGCGUCGUACACAUAAAUACUGCAUAUAAAUAUUGAAAGAGAGAAAAAUACUAAGAUAUACAUCAAAACUAAGAUUGUUAUGCUGUAUAUCUUAUUAUAUCUUAUAUGAUGGACAUUUUGUUACAUGUUAUAUUUUAUCUUAUUGCGUAUUGUAUCUUAUUGUAUAAUGCAUAUAUGAAUUAUAGAAUAUAUGUUCAAGCUUGAUAAUAUCUUUUUAGCUUGUUUGUUUUUAUCUGAUGCUAAGAUUCAUGGAAAACUUAUUUCAGCCAAUAAUUCAAGAUUUGAUUAAUUUAAUAAUCCGAAACACACAUUUCGCCUCUUUCUAUGAAAAAAUGUGACUAGUAAAUAUAACUGAUCUACUUAAUAAACUAGUAGAAUAAAAGUAGUACAAUAAAAAAAGUAAAUAUAACUCCUCUUAAAAAGAGAUUAGAUAAUCUGUAUAUGAGAGGAAGUUUAGAUGAAGAACAAUUACAUUUGUACUGUACAUUCAAUAUGAAAUUCCUGUAUCUUUAA